AAAACUCGGGGUCUAGAUGUGAUGGUCAAUGAUCGUCGAGAUGUCUUGGUUGCAUUUAAGGGAGGGGGUUUGGCUAAAAGCCCAUCAAUGAUAUAACCGGAAUGGCGAGAAAAUUGGGGAAUUAUAUGAAGCGAAAAUGGUAUUCCAUAUAUUCUCAAGGAGUAGCACCAGCUUGCUUUAUAUCAUGUAAUUUCCCCUGGUUAUCCUGUUGUUGAAUAGGCAGUCUUGGAUACUGAGAAGUGCUCUUGAAACUUGAUCAAGCUGCAUUCGCUUCGGAUCAGUAUUUUCAAUGCAAUGGCUGAGAUUUCAAUCUCUCAGGUCGCUUUCGAACAUCACCGUGAACCUCUAGGUAUCGGAGAGGCAAAACCACGCAUAUCAUGGAGGUUUCAUGGAGAUGCUUCGAAUUGGACGCAAGGGGGGUAUAGUGUCGAGGUCCAAAGGGAUUCUGAACCUGAGUUAUUCCACUUUAAUUCCUCCAAUUCUGUCUUGGUACCUUGGCCUACAGUUGCUCUUUCGUCUUCGGAAUCUGCAACAGUGAGAGUAAGAGCCUAUGGUCAAGGCGACCUGCCAGAUACACCAUGGUCCGAUGCGGUCACCGUGGAGACAGGCCUAUUCUCUAAAGAAGAUUGGUCCAGGGCCAUAAUGAUGGGUACGGAGAAGAAAACCGAAAAAAAUGCCACGCAUCAACCAAUACAUUUCCUUCAUCAGUUCUCGACGAACAGCACUAUAGAAAAAGCACGUUUAUAUAUCACUGCAUACGGCUUGUAUGAAGCAUACAUCAACGGCAACAGAGUCGGUAAUAAUGUUCUCGCACCCGGUUGGCAGUCAUACAAUCAUUCACAUGUUUAUAAUACAUAUGAUGUUACUGAUUUGCUUCAAACUGGCAAUAAUGCGAUCGGAAUACAUGUAGGUGAAGGCUGGUACGCCGGAAGGCUCGGUUUUUUCCAAGGAGGUACUCGCAAUAUCUGGGGGGAUGCCCUAGGGGCUAUGGCGCUUUUGGUUAUAUGGACUCCGACCGGGAAACAGGUUGUUAAUUCGUACUGGGGAUGGGUAGCAUCACGUUCAGGGCCACUAAUCACUGCCGAGCUUUAUAAUGGCGAGGUAUACGACCCGAGGCUCGAACAGACCGGAUGGUCAUCUCCCGACUAUCGAUGGAGAAAUGAUACGAACUGGUUGGGUAAUAGGGAACUCUCGACACCAUAUGACCAAUUAGUCGCGCCAGACGGACCCCCUAUUCGUCGCGUACAAGAGGUUCAACUCCAAGAGAUACUCACGAGUCCUACUGGAAAGACUAUCCUUGACUUCGGGCAAAAUUUGGUGGGGUGGCUUCGUCUCAAGGUGAAGGGACCGAGCGGAACGAGGAUUAAGUUAGUACAUACCGAAGUUCUGGAUCAUGGCGAAGUUGCUACACGACCCCUUCGAACCGCUACUCAAACCGACGAAAUCAUACUCGGUGAAGAGCCGCAGACUUGGGAAGCGGCGUUUACCUAUAAAGGGUUCAGGUAUGUUCAGGUAGAAAACUGGCCUAUCGAAGAUACACCUUUAGACGAAGAUGCGGUGGUCGCUGUCGUCGUCCAUUCAGACUUGGAGGAAAUCGGGACCUUCGAAUGUUCGAAUCCUUUGAUCAAUAAAUUACAUCAUAACAUCCGAUGGAGUAUGAAAGGCAAUUUCAUGAGCGUGCCAACCGAUUGUCCACAGAGAGACGAACGACUUGGUUGGACAGGAGACAGUCAUGCGUUUUCACCAAGCGCCAACUUCUUAUACGACACGUCUGGUUUCUGGCGAGGGUGGUUGAGGGACCUUCGAUCCGAACAAGUAAAAGGUGUACCACCUUUAGUAGUUCCCUCGGUCCCAGGAACAGGGCCACCGGUAGCGACUGCGAUUUGGGGAGAUGCAGUCGUGGUAAACGCUUGGAAUACAUAUUUAUCUUCGGGAGAUCUUGAUAUAUUGCGAGAACAGUAUGUCGGCGCGAAGGAAUGGAUUGAUACCGGGAUUCCAAGAAAUGAAGAUGGCUUAUGGGAUCGGAAUGCUUUUCAAUUGGGCGAUUGGCUCGAUCCUCUAUCGCCACCCGACGACCCAGGACAGGCGACGACGAGUUCAUCGUACGUUGCGGAUGCGUAUCUUGUCUAUGUGACUGGAUUGGUUGGUAAGAUGGCUUCGGAACUCGGACUCGAGGAUGACAGAUUACACUACGAAGAAUCAGUAACGAAUCUCAAAGCGGCAUUUAGAGAAGCUUGGAUGAGCCCGGAGGGUCGUGUUGCUUACGAAACGCAGACUGGGUUGGUUUUACCUUUAUAUUUCGACCUCUUUAAAGAUGGGGACGAAGCAGUAAACGCGUCUCGUCGUCUGCAAAAGAUUAUCGAGGACAAUGAUUAUCUGGUUGGGACUGGAUUCGCGGGUACCCAUUUGCUCGGUUUAGCGCUAUCGAAAUAUAGCCUAAGUGAGACAUUUUAUAAAAUGUUGCUCCAAACAAAGGUUCCGUCAUGGCUCUACCAAGUUAAGAUGAACGCGACGACAACUUGGGAGAGAUGGGAUAGUCUCCUCGAAGACGGUUCACUAAAUCCUGGGGAGAUGACAUCGUUCAAUCACUACGCUGUCGGUUCAGUAGCGAAUUGGAUCCACCAAGUGAUAGGGGGGUUAGCACCAGUAGAUCCAGGCUGGAAGACGUUCAAGGUACAGCCGAUACCUGGUGGUAAUUUGACAUGGGCGAAGACCAGCUACCUAAGCCCCUACGGCAAGAUCUAUGUCGAAUGGAGCGUGGACGACACCGGUUUCAACCUGGAUCUAGAAGUUCCGCCAAAUACGUCGGCAUUCGUAACUUUACCAAGAGAUACUAAGAAUAUUCGACGAGUGGGCAGUGGGAAAUAUCAUUACUCGGUGGCUGGAUUUCAUUUAUGAUAAAGUCAUGUGAUCCAGAGAAUUACUUACGUCAUUGUAUGUCUAUGUAAAUAAAUCACGUGGUGGCUUACCGGGUUGGCGAUGGAGGA